CGCUGAGCACAAACUCCGGAGGGAAAGCGGCGCUGCUGGUCUCCGCCCCCCGCCUUCCACACACACCCCAUAGCGGGAAGGGGGAAGCGAGCGGCCCGCUCCCCCCAGCCCCCCCCACCCCGGUCCCGGCGGUGCACGGUCCUGCCCGGGGGCUCGGCGGCGGCGGGCGGUGCGCCCGUGGCGGAAGGCGAGCGGCGGGCAGCUGGGGCCUGGAGCCGUCGCUGCAGGAGGGGAAGAGCGGGGUGUUCCCGCGGCGCGGGUGGAUGCGCAGCCCGGAGGGCGGCUCCUGCGGCGGCUCCUGCGGCCUCCCCAUGGCUGUGCCCCGACGGUGAAGGCAGCGGGAGCCGCCUGUGUCCGCGCCGCGCCAGGAGGCGGCGCCGCCGCAAGCAGGGGGCGGGCGGGGAGGGGGAUGAGCAGCGCCGCAGCCGCCGCCGCCUCUGCGGGAGCUGCCGCCGCCUGCGCCGGGGCCGAGCGGGGCUUCUCCUCCUCCUCCGGCGGCGCCGCUCCGGCCAUGGGGCCCAUGGGGCCCGAGGAGGGCUCGGCCGGCGGGCUGGGAGCCCUGCCCGCGCCGCCGCUGGGCUGCAGGAGCCGCUACCAGCUGCUGCUCUCCGGGAAGGCCCUGGCCGACAGAUACCGGCGGAUUUACACGGCGGCGCUGAGCGACAGGGAGCUGGGGAGCCACCCGGGCAGAAGUAAGAAACUUUUUAGCAAGAAAAAAUUGAAAAGAAAACAGAAGACUAAAUUGAAAGUAAAAACACGCAACAAGACUGAAAACCUAGAGAGUACAAUAACCAUACCAGAUAUCAGAUUACAUAGCAAUCCUUCAGCAUUUAAUGUUUACUGCAAUGUCCGCCAUUGUGUGUUGGAAUGGCAGAAGAAGGAAGCAUCUGUAUCUUUGGCUUCAAAGAACAGUGUACAAAGUGGGGAUUCGGACAGUGAUGAAGAAGAGGAAUCCAAAGAGCCACCUAUUAAACUUCCAAAGAUCAUCGAAGUUGGACUAUGUGAAGUCUUUGAACUUAUAAAGGAGACAAGAUUUUCUCAUCCAUCCUUGUGUCUCAGGAGCCUACAAGCUCUACUUAAUGUGCUUCAAGGUCAGCAACCAGAAGGCCUGCAAUCAGAGCCUCCUGAAGUCCUAGAAUCCCUGUUCCAGCUGCUUCUGGAAAUAACUGUCCGUAGCACGGGAAUGAAUGACAGUACAGGACAGUCCUUGACAGCACUUUCCUGCGCUUGCCUCUUCAGUUUGGUAGCUGCAUGGGGAGAGACGGGAAGAACGUUGCAAGCAAUCUCUGCAAUCCUCACCAAUAAUGGCAGCCACGCUUGUCAGACUAUUCAGGUGCCAACCAUUUUAAACUCUCUUCAGAGGAGUGUACAGGCAGUUUUGGUGGGCAAAAUCCAAAUCCAGGACUGGUUCAGUAAUGGGAUAAAGAAGGCAGCCUUGAUGCACAAGUGGCCGUUGAAAGAAAUAUCUGUAGAUGAUGACGACCAGUGCCUACUUCAGAGUGAUGGUUUUUUCCUCUAUCUCUUAUGUAAAGAUGGACUUUACAAAAUUGGCUCUGGAUAUAGCGGGACAGUGAGGGGCCAUAUAUACAAUUCUACAUCCCGCAUCAAAAACAGAAAAGAAAAAAAGUCUUGGUUAGGUUAUGCUCAGGGUUAUUUAUUAUAUAGAGAUGCGAAUAAUCACAGUAUGACAGCCAUAAGAAUAAACCCUGAAACUUUGGAACAAGACGGUACAGUUGCUUUGCCAGAUUGUCAUACUGAAGGGCAGAAUAUCCUUUUCACUGAUGGAGAAUAUAUUAAUCAAAUAGCAGCAUCUAGAGAUGAUGGCUUUGUAGUGCGAAUAUUUGCCACAAGUACUGAGCCGGUACUGCAACAAGAACUGCAGCUGAAGCUUGCAAGAAAAUGCUUACAUGCCUGUGGCAUCUCACUGUUUGAUCUGGAGAAAGAUUUGCACAUUAUCAGUACAGGGUUUGAUGAGGAAUCAGCUGUCCUUGGUGCUGGAAGAGAGUUUGCACUGAUGAAAACUGCUAGUGGAAAGAUUUAUUAUACUGGCAAAUAUCAGAGCCUUGGAAUCAAACAAGGUGGCCCUUCAGCUGGCAAAUGGGUUGAACUCCCAAUCACAAAAUCUCCAAAGAUUAUUCAGUUUUCUGUUGGACAUGAUGGCUCACAUGCCUUACUUGUUGCUGAGGAUGGAAGCAUAUUCUUCACAGGUUCUGCUAGUAAAGGAGAGGAUGGUGAAUCGACUAAAAGCAGACGGCAGUCAAAACCAUAUAAGCCUAAAAAAAUUAUUAAAAUGGAAGGAAAGAUUGUCAUAUCUACAGCGUGCAAUAAUGGAAGCAGUUCUGUAAUUUCAAAAGAUGGAGAACUCUACAUGUUUGGAAAAGAUGCUAUUUACUCUGAUAGUACAAGUUUAGUAACAGAUUUGAAAGGCCAUUUUGUGACUCAAGUAGCCAUGGGCAAAGCUCACACCUGUGUGUUAAUGAAGAAUGGGGAAGUUUGGACAUUCGGUGUAAAUAAUAAAGGACAGUGUGGACGAGACACAGGCUCCAUGAGCCAGGGAGGAAAAGGUUUUGGAGUUGAGAACAUGGCUACAGCAAUGGAUGAAGACCUGGAAGAGGAACUGGAUGAAAAAGAUGAGAAGUCCAUGAUGUGUCCUCCAGGCAUGCAUAAAUGGAAGUUGGAGCAGUGUAUGGUGUGCACUGUAUGUGGAGAUUGCACAGGCUAUGGAGCUAGCUGUGUUAGUAGUGGGCGUCCUGAUAGAGUACCUGGAGGAAUCUGUGGUUGUGGCUCAGGUGAGUCAGGCUGUGCCGUAUGUGGGUGCUGCAAGGCAUGUGCUAGAGAACUGGAUGGCCAGGAAGCAAGGCAAAGAGGAAUCCUUGAUGCUGUGAAAGAGAUGAUACCUUUAGAUCUCUUGCUGGCUGUCCCUGUUCCUGGAGUUAAUAUUGAAGAACACCUUCAGUUACGACAAGAAGAAAAGCGGCAACGCGUCAAUAGGAGACACAGAUUGGAAGAGGGAAGAGAUGGAAGUGGAGAAAGAGGUGAGAAGGAUGCCAGCAAAAUCACAACCUAUCCACCAGGGGCUGUCCGCUUUGACUGUGAACUGCGAGCUGUACAAGUCAGUUGUGGAUUUCACCAUUCAGUGGUUUUGAUGGAGAAUGGUGAUGUUUACACAUUUGGAUAUGGGCAGCAUGGGCAACUUGGACACGGUGAUGUUAAUUCCAGGGGAUGUCCCACUUUGGUGCAAGCAUUACCAGGUCCUAGUACACAAGUUACUGCUGGGAGCAACCAUACAGCUAUUCUCUUAAUGGAUGGCCAAGUUUUCACAUUUGGAAGUUUCUCAAAAGGUCAGCUUGGUAGACCAAUUCUGGAUAUGCCCUACUGGAAUGCAAAGCCAGCACCUAUGCCUAAUAUAGGCUCCAAAUACGGACGCAAAGCUACAUGGAUUGGAGCGAGUGGAGACCAGACUUUUCUCCGGAUCGAUGAAGCUCUUAUUAAUUCUCAUGUGCUUGCUACAUCAGAGAUAUUUGCAAGCAGGCAUAUAAUAGGUUUGGUACCAGCUUCAAUAUCAGAACCUCCUCCUUUUAAAUGUCUUCUGAUAAACAAAGUAGAUGGCAGUUGCAAAACAUUCAAUGAUUCUGAGCAGGAAGACCUUCAAGGUUCUGGUGUGUGUCUGGAUCCUGUCUAUGAUGUUAUUUGGAGGUUUCGACCAAAUGCUAGGGAACUCUGGAGUUACAAUGCAGUAGUUGCUGAUUCCAGACUUCCAUCAGCUCCAGACAUUCAAUCCCGGUGUAGUAUUUUGAGUCCAGAACUUGCUCUACCAACAGGUUCCAAAGCCCUAACAACCAGAUCUCAUGCAGCUUUGCACAUUCUAGGUUGUCUUGAUACUUUGGCUGCUAUGCAGGACUUAAAAAUGGGUGUAGCAAAUACAGAAGAAGAAACUCAAGCAGUAAUGAAGGUUUAUUCUAAAGAAGACUAUAGUGUUGUUAACAGAUUUGAAAGUCAUGGAGGAGGCUGGGGUUAUUCAGCCCACUCAGUAGAAGCUAUCCGUUUCUGUGCUGAUACGGAUAUUCUGUUAGGUGGUCUUGGUCUUUUUGGUGGUAGAGGUGAAUACACUGCUAAAAUAAAGUUGUUUGAAUUGGGUCCAGAUGGGGGAGACCAUGAGACUGAUGGAGACCUUCUUGCUGAGACAGAUGUCUUAGCAUAUGAUUGUGCUGCUAGAGAGAAAUAUGCAAUGAUGUUUGAUGAACCAGUACUUCUACAAGCUGGCUGGUGGUAUGUAGCCUGGGCAAGAGUGUCAGGACCUAGCAGUGAUUGUGGAUCUCAUGGACAGGCCUCUAUAACUACAGAUGAUGGUGUUGUAUUUCAGUUUAAAAGUUCCAAGAAAUCAAAUAAUGGUACAGAUGUUAAUGCAGGGCAGAUUCCGCAGUUACUAUACAGAUUGCCAACAAGUGAUGGCAGUGCAUCCAAAGGAAAACAGCAAACCAGUGAACCUGUACAUAUUUUGAAGAGAUCUUUUGCCAGAACUGUCUCAGUGGAGUGCUUUGAGUCUUUACUGAGCAUUCUUCACUGGAGUUGGACAACACUGGUGCUGGGAGUUGAGGAACUUCGUGGACUUAAGGGUUUCCAAUACACUGCUACUCUUUUGGAUUUAGAAAGGUUGCGUUUUGUGGGCACAUGCUGCCUGAGAUUGCUCAGGGUCUACACCUGUGAAAUAUAUCCAAUAUCAGCUUCAGCUAAGGCAGUUGUAGAAGAAACGAGCAAACUAGCAGAUUGCAUUGGAAAAACUAGGACCUUGUUGAGAAAAAUUUUAUCUGAAGGAGUUGAUCAUUGCAUGGUGAAGUUGGACAAUGAUCCACAAGGAUAUCUCAGUCAGCCGCUCAGUCUUUUAGAAGCUGUUCUUCAGGAAUGCCAUAAUACAUUCACAGCUUGCUUUCAUUCAUUUUAUCCAACACCAGCUCUCCAGUGGGCAUGUCUUUGUGACUUGCUGAACUGUUUGGACCAGGACAUUCAGGAAGCAAACUUCAAAACCUCCAGCAGUCGCCUUCUUGCUGCAGUUAUGUCUGCUCUCUGCCAUACUUCAGUAAAGCUGACCUCUAUCUUUCCCAUUGCUUAUGAUGGAGAGGCGUUGCUGCGAUCAAUGGUUAAACAAGUCAGCACUGAGAAUGACUCUGCUCUGGCCCAUCGUUUUCCUCUUUUGGUUGCACACAUGGAAAAACUCAGUCAGAGUGAAGAAAACGUUUCAGGGAUGACAAGCUUUCGCGAAGUGCUGGAAAAGAUGUUAGUCAUUGUUGUUCUACCAGUACGGAACAGCCUUAGAAGAGAAAAUGAACUUUUCUCUUCACAUCUGGUUUCUAAUACCUGUGGGUUGCUUGCUAGUAUUGUGAGUGAGCUUACAGCAUCAGCAUUAGGAUCUGAGGUUGAUGGACUGAACUCUCUCCAUUCGGUCAAAUCCACUCCAAACCGAUUCACUAAAACAAGUCAGGGAAGAAGCUGGAAUACUGGGAAUGGAUCCCCUGAUGCAAUAUGUUUCUCUGUUGACAAAGCUGGUAUAGUUGUUGUAGGAUUUUCUGUUUAUGGUGGAGGAGGAAUUCAUGAAUAUGAGUUGGAGGUUUUAGUUGAUGAUAGUGAUCAUACUGGAGAUGCAACUCAUUCUCAUAGAUGGACGUCUUUAGAAUUGGUUAAAGGAACUUACACCACAGAUGAUUCUCCUAGUGACAUAGCUGAAAUCAGACUUGACAAAGUCGUGCCACUGAAGGAAAAUGUGAAAUACGCAGUUCGUUUGAGGAACUAUGGAAGCCGGACUGCCAAUGGAGAUGGCGGAAUGACCACAGUUCAGUGUCCAGACGGUGUAACAUUUACAUUUAGUACAUGCAGUCUGAGCAGUAAUGGCACUAACCAGACGCGAGGACAAAUUCCACAGAUUCUGUAUUACAGGAGUGAGUAUGAUGGAGAUCUGCAAUCACAGCUGUUGAACAAAGCUAAUGAAGAAGACAAAAAUUGUAGCAGAGCUCUUUCUGUCGUGAGUGCUGUUGUUCGAGCAGCCAAAGACUUGUUACACAGGGCUCUUGCUGUAGAUGCUGAAGACAUUCCAGAAUUGCUCAGCUCUUCCAGUCUGUUUUCCAUGCUGCUUCCCCUCAUAAUAGCCUACAUAGGACCAGUAGCAGCAGCUAUUCCCAAGGUUGCUGUUGAGGUCUUUGGCCUAGUACAACAGCUACUUCCUUCUGUGGCAGUUCUGAAUCAGAAAUAUGCCCCUCCAGCUUUUAACCCAAAUCAAUCUACAGACAGCACCACUGGAAACCAACCAGAGCAAGGGCUUUCAGCUUGUACUACCUCCAAUCACUAUGCUGUUGUAGAAAGUGAGCACCCCUAUAAACCUGCCUCUGUUACACACUAUAAGGUGACUUUUCCUGAAUGUGUCAGGUGGAUAACAAUAGAGUUUGACACUCAGUGUGGCACUGCUCAGUCAGAGGAUGUUCUUCGUUUACUAAUUCCUGUCAGAAUUGCACAGAGCCUGGGAUUUGGACCAAAGCAUGCUUCUGUUCAUGAAAACCUUAAUUCAUGGAUAGAACUGAAAAAAUUCUCUGGAUCUUCAGGAUGGCCUACCAUGGUAUUAGUAUUGCCAGGAAAUGAAGCUCUUUUUUCCCUGGAGACUGCGUCAGACUAUGUAAAAGAUGAAAAAGCUUGUUUUUAUGGUUUCAAAUGUUACGCAAUUGGAUAUGAAUUUAGUCCAGGAUCUGAUGAGGGUAUUAUUCAGCUGGAGAAAGAACUGGCAAAUUUAGGAGGAUCAUGUGCAGCAGCUUUGAUGAAGAAAGAUCUAGCACUUCCUAUUGCAGGUAAUGAAUUUGAAGAGGAUCUUGAGAUAGUUGAAGAGGCCGCCUUACAGGUGUGCAAAUCUCACUCGGGCAUUCUUGGGAAAGGCUUGGCACUAUCUCACUCACCAACCAUUCUGGAAGCUCUUGAAGGAAGUCUUCCACUGCAGGUGCAAAGCAAUGAACAGUCAUUUCUGGAGGAUUUCAUUGCUUGUGUACCAGGAUCAAGUGGUGGACGACUUGCAAGGUGGCUUCAGCCAGAUUCAUAUGCUGAUCCGCAAAAGACAUCAUUGAUUUUGAAUAAGGAUGACAUUCGAUGUGGUUGGCCAACUGUGAUUACAGUACAAACAAAAGACCAGUAUGGGGAUGUUGUUCAUGUUCCCAAUAUGAAGGUAGAAGUCAAAGCUAUUCCUGUUUCGCAGAAAAAAACAUCCUUGCAACAAGAACAAGUUAAAAAAGUACAACGGAUACCAGGGAGUCCUGCAACAGCUGCUUCCCCUAGCAGCGAUAUGACCUUUGGAGGACUUCCUUCACCAAAGCUUGAUUCUUCCUACGAGCCAAUGAUAGUAAAAGAAGCUCGAUAUAUUGCUAUUACAAUGAUGAAGGCAUAUGAAAAUUAUUCCUUUGAAGAACUACGCUUUGCUUCACCAACACCAAAGAGACCCAGUGAAAAUAUGUUGAUCAGAGUCAAUAAUGAUGGUACAUACUGUGCAAACUGGACUCCUGGAGCUGUUGGUCUCUAUACCAUUCAUGUCACUAUAGAUGGCAUUGAAAUAGAUGCUGGACUAGAAGUGAAAGUAAAAGAUCCUCCGAAGGGAAUGAUACCACCUGGAACUCAACUUAUUAAACCAAAAGCAGAGCCUCAGCCAAACAAGGUUCGCAAAUUUGUGGCCAAGGACAGUGCAGGGCUUCGUAUCCGUAGCCACCCUUCCCUUCAGAGUGAGCAAAUAGGCAUAGUGAAAGUCAAUGGAUCCAUCACUUUCAUUGACGAGAUCCACAAUGAUGAUGGUGUUUGGCUGAGGCUGAAUGAUGAGACAAUAAAGAAGUAUGUUCCUAACAUGAAUGGUUACACUGAAGCCUGGUGUCUGUCUUUUAACCAACAUCUUGGCAAGAGCCUUCUGGUACCUGUUGACAAUGUCUUUAAUGCUAGCCAAGGAGUAAGGGAUUUGGACUUUUUUUCAUGGACUUCCAAAGCUUUACCCCCUAAGGAAUCUAGGUCUAAUGCUGAUGAUUUUUUCAAAGACCUAAAUUCGCACUGUCCACAGGAAGCAGUGAUGCAGGAACAAGAUAUGCCAUUCCUUCGAGGUGGACCUGGAGUGUACAAGGUAGUGAAGACUGGCCCAUCAGGUCACAACAUAAGAAGCUGCCCUAACCUUAGAGGUAUCCCAAUUGGAAUGUUAGUUCUGGGAAACAAAGUCAAGGCAGUGGGCGAGGUGACUAAUUCAGAAGGUACAUGGGUGCAAAUGGAUAAGAACAGCAUGGUAGAGUUCUGUGAAAGUGAUGAAGGCGAGGCAUGGUCAUUAGCUAGAGACAGAGGUGGAAACCAGUACCUCCGACACGAAGAUGAGCAAGUCCUCCUAGAUCAAAAUGUGCAGACUCCUCCCCCAAGUCCUUUUUCAAUACAAGCUUUCAGUAAGGGGACAAGCUGUAGUAAUGGACAAGGGUUUGAUUAUGGCCUUGGAAAUAACAAAGGUGACCAACUGAGUGCCAUACUGAAUUCCAUUCAGUCACGGCCAAAUCUCCCAGCUCCUUCCAUCUUUGAUCAAGCUGCAAAACCUCCCUCUUCCCUAGUCCACAGUCCAUUUGUGUUCGGACAGCCCCUUUCCUUCCAGCAGCCUCAGCCACAGCUUCAGAGUGACCGAAUGAAUUUCACAGGAGCUGCUAGACCGGUUUCUCCAGCUGGAAAGACAGACACGCCAUCGAAGCACAGAGCUGACUGCAGGUCACCCAAACUUGAUGUGCGAAUGAAUAGAGCUGUUGCUGACCAGAAGAAACCCAGAAAUACAGAAGGCUUAUCUGCCAGUGAGUGUCUUAUCCUGAAAUCAGAUGCUGCAAAGCUGCGGUCAGACUCGCACAGCAGGUCUUUGUCGCCAAAUCAUAACACUUUGCAAACACUAAAAACUGAUGGAAGAACAACGACUGGACUGAGAGCCGAAUCUCCAGGGCCAGGAACCCGGUCAUCUUCUCCAAAGACAAAGACCCUUACAGCUGUUAGAUCUGGUGCUAGUUCUCCACGAUCCUCAUCACCCCAUGACAAAACUCUACCUCAGAAACCUUCAUCCCCUGUAAAAACAAAGCUUGAUCCUCCUCGAGAACGCUCCAAAUCAGAUUCCUACACAUUAGAUCCAGACACCCUUCGCAAAAAGAAAGUGCCACUAACAGAACCCUUAAGGGGGAGGUCCACUUCACCUAAACCAAAAAUUAUUGCAAAAGAUGGAAAACCUGUUACAGAAACUGAAAAUAGAGCUCCUUCCCCUCAUGUCGUACAAGAAAAUCUUCACAGUGAGGUAGUUGAAGUAUGUACUUCAAGUACUUUAAAGACUGACAGCAUUACAGAUACCACCUGUGAGGACAACACUGAAUUCAGAAGUCUGGACGAUGGUUCUAAUAAAGUUCAUUUCAGCAUAGGCAAAGCACCACUGAAGGAUGAGCAAGACAUGAGAGCAUCUCCAAAAGUGAGCCGUAAAUGUGCUGGUAGACACACAAGACCCAAAAAGGAAAAAUCCAACUUUCUUUUCAAAGGAGAUGGCUCCAAGCCCGUAGAGCCUGCCAAGCAAGCAAUGUCACCUUCUGUUGCAGAAUGUGCUAGAGCUGUAUUUGCUGCAUUUCUUUGGCAUGAAGGAAUAGUUCAUGAUGCUAUGGCAUGCUCAUCUUUUUUGAAGUUUAAUCCAGAACUGUCCAAAGAGCAUGCGCCCAUACGAAGCAGUCUUACUCAACAGCCUGCAGAGGAAAAAGAAACGAAGUUGAAAAAUAGACAUUCAUUGGAAAUAUCAUCUGCUCUUAACAUGUUCAACAUCUCACCUCAUGGACCAGAUAUAUCUAAAAUGGGUAGCAUCAAUAAGAACAAAGUCCUCUCAAUGUUAAAAGAACCACCUCUGCAUGAAAAGUGUGAGGAUGGAAAAACUGAAACUACCUCCUUUGAAACAUCCGGUCAUCACACAAUAAAAUCCAAGUCUCCUCUUCCAUUAACACUGCAGCACUUAGUAGCUUUCUGGGAAGAUAUUUCUUUAGCAACUAUUAAAGCAGCUUCCCAAAACAUGAUUUUUCCAAGUCCUGGUUCUUGUGCAGUGUUAAAGAAGAAGGAAAGUGACAAAGAUAACAAGAAAGCUAAGAAAGAGAAAAAGAAAAAGGAAAAGGUUGAGACUAGGCCAAGGGGAAAUCUUUUUGGUGAAAUGGCCCAGCUUGCAGUGGGAGGACCUGAAAAAGACACCAUCUGUGAGUUGUGUGGAGAAUCCCAUCCAUAUCCAGUGACCUACCACAUGAGACAAGCUCAUCCAGGUUGUGGCCGUUACGCAGGUGGCCAAGGUUACAACAGCAUUGGGCACUUCUGUGGAGGAUGGGCUGGCAAUUGUGGCGAUGGUGGUAUUGGAGGAAGCACUUGGUAUUUGGUUUGCGAUCGAUGCAGAGAAAAAUAUCUCCGUGAAAAACAAGCAGCAGCAAGAGAGAAGAUUAAACAAUCUAGGAGAAAACCAAUGCAAGUUAAGACACCUCGUGCCUUGCCAACUAUGGAAGCUCAUCAAGUGAUUAAAGCAAACGCGCUCUAUUUACUGUCGCUGAGUAGUGCUGCUGAGCCAAGUAUCCUCUGCUAUCACCCUGCAAAAGCAUUCCAAUCUCAACUUCCCAGUCUCAAAGAAGGAAUUUCUGAAGACUUUCCCAUUAAAAUGCCAUGUCUCUAUCUACAGACUUUAGCAAGGCAUCAUCAUGAAAAUUUUGUUGGGUACCAGGAUGACAACCUCUUCCAGGAUGAGAUGAGAUACUUGCGCUCAACUUCAGUACCUGCACCAUAUAUCUCAGUUACUCCUGAUGCAAGUCCUAAUGUCUUUGAAGAACCAGAGAGUAACAUGAAAUCUAUGCCCCCAAGUUUGGAAACCAGUCCAAUAACAGAUACAGAUCUUGCAAAGCGCACAGUCUUUCAAAGAUCAUAUUCAGUUGUUGCAUCAGAAUAUGACAAACAGCACUCAAUUUUGCCAGCACGUGUAAAGGCAAUCCCUAGGAGACGAGUCAACAGUGGAGAUGCAGAAGUGGGGUCCUCUCUCCUGAGACAUCCAUCUCCUGAACUUUCUCGGUUAAUCUCCGCCCACAGCUCUCUUUCCAAAGGAGAGAGAAAUUUCCAGUGGCCAGUAUUGGCAUUUGUAAUCCAGCAUCAUGAUCUGGAAGGACUUGAAAUAGCAAUGAAACAAGCCUUACGGAAAUCUGCUUGCCGAGUCUUUGCCAUGGAGGCUUUCAACUGGCUUCUUUGUAAUGUCAUUCAAACAACUUCUCUUCAUGAUAUUUUAUGGCAUUUUGUGGCUUCCCUGACUCCUGCACCUGUAGAGCCAGAAGAAGAAGAGGAUGAAGAAAAUAAGUCAAACAAAGAAAAUGCAGAACAAGAAAAAGACACAAGAGUAUGUGAGCAUCCUCUGUCAGAUAUAGUGAUUGCCGGCGAAGCAGCUCACCCCUUACCGCACACUUUUCAUCGCCUUCUUCAGACAAUCUCUGAUCUUAUGAUGUCUCUUCCCAGUGGUAGUGCAUUACAGCAAAUGGCCUUAAGGUGCUGGAGUCUCAAAUUCAAACAAUCUGAUCACCAGUUCCUGCACCAGAGCAAUGUUUUUCAUCAUAUCAACAAUAUUUUGUCUAAAUCUGAUGAUGGAGAUAGUGAAGAGAGUUUUAGUAUCAGCGUUCAGUCUGGUUUUGAAGUCAUGAAUCAGGAACUGUGUAUAGUGGUUUGUCUAAAAGACCUAACCAGCAUUGUUGACAUUAAAACAUCAAGCCGACCUGCCAUGAUUGGUAGUUUAACGGAUGGGUCUACAGAAACAUUCUGGGAAUCAGGAGAUGAGGAUAAAAACAAAACUAAAAACAUCACAAUUAACUGUGUAAAAGGAAUCAAUGCACGUUAUGUUUGUGUUCAUGUAGACAAUUCCAGAGAUCUUGGGAACAAAGUGACUUCAAUGACCUUCCUAACUGGCAAGGCAGUAGAAGAUCUCUGCAGAAUAAAGCAGGUAGACUUGGAUUCAAGACAUAUUGGCUGGGUAACAAGUGAACUUCCUGGGGGUGACAAUCACAUCAUCAAAAUUGAAUUGAAGGGUCCAGAGAACACACUGAGAGUUCGACAAGUGAAAAUUCUUGGAUGGAAAGAUGGUGAAAGCAUUAAAAUAGCAGGCCAGAUUUCUGCAAGUGUCGCUCAACAAAGAAACUGUGAAUCUGAGACACUGCGAGUGUUCCGACUUAUAACAUCCCAGGUAUUUGGAAAACUCAUCUCCGGAGAUGCUGAGCCAACCCCAGAACAAGAAGAAAAAGCAUUAUUGUCUUCCCCAGAAGGAGAAGAAAAAGUACACAAUGCAACAUCAGAUGCAGAUCUGAAGGAGCACAUGGUAGGGAUCAUAUUCAGCCGGAGCAAGCUGACAAAUUUGCAGAAACAGGUAUGUGCCCAUAUAGUCCAGGCCAUCCGAAUGGAAGCAACGCGUGUGCGUGAAGAAUGGGAGCACGCCAUCUCCAGCAAGGAGAAUGCCAACUCACAGCCCAACGAUGAAGAUGCCUCUUCUGACGCCUAUUGCUUUGAGCUGCUCUCCAUGGUUCUGGCACUGAGCGGCUCCAAUGUGGGCCGGCAGUAUCUGGCUCAGCAGCUGACUCUGCUCCAGGAUCUCUUUUCAUUGCUACACACUGCUUCCCCCAGGGUGCAGAGACAGGUAACAUCAUUACUGAGACGAGUUUUGCCUGAGGUAACCCCUAGUCGCCUGGCUAGUAUUAUAGGAGUGAAGUCUCUUCCACCAGCAGAUAUAAGUGAUAUCAUUCAUUCAACAGAAAAAGGAGAUUGGAAUAAACUAGGUAUCUUGGACAUGUUUUUGGGAUGCAUUGCCAAAGCUCUCACUGUACAGCUAAAAGCCAAAGGAACUACUAUCACAGGGACAGCUGGCACUACUGCAGGCAAAGGAGUUACUACAGUCACACUUCCAAUGAUCUUCAAUUCCAGCUACAUUCGUCGAGGUGAAAGUCAUUGGUGGAUGAAGGGUUCAACACCUACACAGAUUUCAGAGAUCAUCAUUAAACUCAUCAAAGACAUGGCAGCAGGUCAUCUGUCAGAAGCGUGGUCACGUGUGACAAAGAAUGCUAUUGCUGAAACCAUCAUAGCUCUGACCAAAAUGGAAGAAGAAUACAGAUCACCAGUGAGGUGCAUUGCAACAACCAGACUGUGGCUGGCCUUAGCAUCCCUCUGUGUUCUUGAUCAGGAUCAUGUUGACAGACUAUCCUCAGGAAGAUGGAUGGGAAAGGAUGGGCAACAGAAACAGAUGCCAAUGUGUGAUAACCACGAUGAUGGUGAAACUGCUGCAAUCAUUUUAUGUAAUGUCUGUGGGAAUUUGUGCACAGAUUGUGACCGAUUCCUUCAUCUCCAUCGUCGAACAAAAACUCAUCAGAGACAGGUAUUCAAAGAAGAAGAAGAAGCUAUCAAAGUUGAUCUUCAUGAGGGAUGUGGAAGGACCAAACUUUUCUGGCUGAUGGCAUUAGCAGAUUCUAAAACUAUGAAGGCUAUGGUGGAGUUUAGAGAACAGACAGGCAAACCAACCACCAGCAGUUCUGAAGCCUGUCGUUUCUGUGGAUGUAGGAGUGGAACAGAAUUAUCAGCAGUGGGAAGUGUUUGUUCUGAUGCAGACUGCCAGGAGUAUGCUAAAAUUGCCUGCAGCAAGACGCACCCCUGCGGUCAUCCCUGUGGAGGCGUUAAGAAUGAAGAGCACUGUUUGCCAUGCUUGCAUGGCUGUGAUAAGAAUGCUACAACUCUUAAACAAGAUGCUGAUGACAUGUGCAUGAUCUGCUUUACUGAAGCACUUUCAGCAGCACCAGCUAUCCAGCUGGACUGCAGCCAUGUUUUCCAUUUGCAAUGCUGUCAGCGAGUACUAGAAAACAGAUGGCUUGGGCCAAGGAUAACUUUCGGGUUUAUGUCCUGUCCUAUUUGCAAGAACAAAAUCAAUCAUACAGUAUUAAAGGAUUUGCUUGAUCCAAUCAAAGAACUCUAUGAAGAUGUAAGGAGAAAAGCGCUAAUGAGGUUGGAGUAUGAAGGGUUGCACAAGAGCGAGGCCAUCACGACGCCAGGUGUUAGAUUUUAUAAUGACCCAGCUGGCUAUGCUAUGAACAGAUAUGCUUAUUAUGUUUGCUACAAGUGCAAAAAGGCAUAUUUUGGUGGCGAAGCUCGUUGUGAUGCUGAGGCUGGACAAGGAGAUGACUAUGAUCCCAGAGAGCUUAUCUGUGGUGCAUGCUCUGAUGUUUCAAGGGCUCAGAUGUGUCCCAAACACGGUACAGAUUUCUUAGAAUACAAAUGCCGCUACUGCUGUUCAGUUGCUGUUUUUUUCUGUUUUGGGACAACACAUUUUUGCAAUGCUUGCCAUGAUGAUUUCCAAAGAAUGACAAGCAUCCCUAAAGAAGAACUCCCACACUGUCCUGCAGGUCCCAAAGGUAAACAACUUGAAGGAACAGAAUGUCCACUUCAUGUUGUCCAUCCACCCACUGGUGAAGAAUUUGCUCUGGGUUGUGGGGUUUGCAGAAAUGCUCACACUUUUUAGACUAGCAAUUUUUUUUUACCAGAGCAAAAACAGGUGCCCUCAUCCCUCAAGUGUCCUGAAAACAAAGUCCAGAUGGGAUGAGGAUGGGACCAUUUCAUAACCCAGGUAAAAGGAACAAUUUACAGUGCAAGAAGGAUGCCAAAUACCAUGUACAUAAUUCUUGCUGUGAGAUAUUGACAUUUUUUGAACCAAGACAUCAAAAAUUUGUGAGGUGUUUGCAUGUGGCCAUUACAGUCAUCGGCUAGGAAACAUUGGACAUUUACAAAUAAACAAUUGCUAUUAAAGGAUCUGUGUGUCUGUGGACUAUGAAUGAUGCUGGCUUUCAGGAGAAAGAAAAAAUUACUGAUUAUUGUAUACUGACUUUUUGUAAUCUUGUACAAUUGUAACGCAUCACAAGUGGGAAUGGGAAAGAAGAAUAUUCUGGUUUAUUUCCUAGACUGUUAUAAAAAAAAAAUGUGUUAGGAAGGCAUAAAUGUAACAAGUAUCACACUGUAUAUAAAGGUAUCAAUGUUUGUCCUGUAUAAGAAUUAUUAAAUUACAACAGCAGUUUCAUUUAAACUUCUGGGUUAUGUUUGAGCCUGAAAUUUUAAUGAAGUGCAAUACUGAGUGUGCCUCAUAUCUUGCAGCUGUAAACAUAAUGGAAUGUACAUGUCAAUAAAGCCACUGUACAUUUUUAUACAGUGAAAGUCUAAUAAAUGUGUAAGCCUC